AUGGAGAACAUGAUGCAGGGCAAUAAGAUCAGACGAGUUGCAGCUACUCGCAUGAAUGAGAGGUCAUCUCGAUCACACACGAUUUUCCGGAUUAUUCUGGAGUCGAAAGAUGCCAAUCAGAAAGAUGGACCUGUACAUAUAAGCUACCUUAACUUAAUGGACUUAGCUGGUUCUGAGAGAGUUUCUCUGACGAAAGCUGCUGGUGAGCGUCUUAAAGAGGGGGCUAACAUAAACAAAUCUUUGUCAGUAUUAGGAAAUGUGAUAAGGCAACUAAGCGAGGGGAAGGAGUUUAUCAGUUAUCGCGAUUCGAAAUUGACUAGACUGCUCUCACAGGCUCUUGGCGGUAAUGCCAAAUCAUUGAUUAUCGGGAAUACCAAUGAUCCACCGCGAAGUAGCCGAUGGUCUAGAGCGUCUUUGGAACGUAAGAGUAAACUGCAUAUGGGAAGCCGAGAUGAAAGUAGUCGCCAUGGAGAGGUUUAUAUAUUCGACCAUGUAUUUAAGCAGGAAUGUACAAAUUCAGAUGUAUAUGGAUCUGUAGUAAAACCUUUAGUCGAUUCCUUCAUGGAAGGUUUCAAUGCCACAAUAUUUGCAUAUGGCCAAACAUCUUCUGGCAAAACACACACCAUUUUGGGCAAUAAAACAGAUCCUGGGCUUUUCCAAUUAGUAUCCAAUCAGUUAUUCCAGCAUGUGGCAGACCAGGUUGAUAAGAGGUACUUGAUUAGAUGCAGUUAUAUUGAAAUCUACAAUGAAAAGAUCAAUGACCUCCUGGAUAAGAGCAAUCAGGGUUUAACUAUAAGAGAGAUAUCAAAGGAAAUGUGCUGCUUGAUGCAAGGGAAGCUGUCGUAG